UGUAUUGAAGCCACGAAGAAGAAUGGUGUGAACAAGGAAGUCGAUAUUUUACAGGAAGCCAGCGUAAGCUGCUUUUGUUUUGUUUUCUCUUUGUUUUUCUGUACCAAAUCGAUGGUCGUUUUUCAUCAGCGUAGGUAGUAAAGUAGUUAGUAUGUUGUAGUUUAUUUAAUUUGUCUCUAUUAAGUUUAUUUUUGUAUGACAAUCGGUGACAUUUGGCGUUAGCCGUGAGCUACCCUCAGAUCCCAACAACAGAGCUAACAGGCCUGAAGGCCAUCUGUCUAUUGUGUUUCCGUCAGUCAGAUACUUAACCUGUUUUUAUCAAGGACGUAGUUGUAAGGUUACACAUCGUUUAGAAACAUAAGAUAUCACAGUGAACAAAGCGACCGGACUGCUGUCAUUCGUUCAUCGCCCUGGUAACGUUAGCUCUGCGGGCUAACUGGUUAUAUUGUGGUUAGUCAGUCGACUGACCUCAACGUUACCAUCGGAGCGUUUAGUGCAGUCACAUUACCGACAGUAAGGGGACAACAGCACUAAACACACAAUAAGGAGAUUGGAUGACCAUGUACGCCCCACCGGGUUCUACUGUUCCUGGAGGCCGGAGGAGGAGAGGAGGCACCUCCCUGCCCAAGCAGCCGGAGCGGAGCCUGGUCUCGGCUCUUCCCGGAGCUCUGUCCAUCACAGCGCUGUGCACCGCUCUGGCGGAACCGGCCUGGCUCCGGGUUCAUGGAGGCACCUGUCCUAGACAAGAGCUGGGGGUGGCAGAUGUCUUGGGGUACAUUGACCCCAAGCUUCUCGAUGAUUACUGUGUGAACCCGCAGACCAUCUUGCUGCUGAGGGUGAUCGCUGCCUUCUGCUUCCUGGGCAUCCUGUGCAGCCUGACUGCUUUCCUCUUGGAUGUGUUUGGACCCAAACACCCAGCGCUAAAGAUCACACGCAGAUAUGCAUUUGCACAUAUUCUCACAGUGUUGCAGUGUGCCACAGUGAUAGGCUUCUGCUACUGGGCCUCGGAGCUCAUCUUAUCACUACAGCAGCAACAUAAAAAGUACCACGGCUCUCUGAUAUACGUCACUUUCGCCAUCAGCUUUUACCUGGUGGCCGGGGCAGGUGGAGCCUCUAUCCUUGCGACAGCUGCAAAUCUCCUGCGCCACUACCCCACCGAGGAGGAGGAGCAGGCUUUAGAGCUGCUCUCGGAGAUGGAGGACAGCAGUGAAACUUUUCCUGCUGAUUAUGACAUUGCCAAUCAGUUUCAGCCACCGCCUGCAUACACGCCCUAAUGCCGCCAGACUGGCCCUGCUAACACACGCUUCUCUCUCAGCACGGCUAUUGGCUUGAUGAGCAAAUCCCACUCUUUAUCAAAUGGAUAUCUUUGCAAAUACUCUCUGUAAUGAACACAGUGUGUGCACAGUUAGUGCACAGACUCCUUGACUGACAGUGCUUGGGUGCAUGAAAGCUUUCUUUAGUGGUGGCAGAAAUUUAGGGGAUGAUUCUUUCUUUCGCCACUGAAGUUGUUCGUAAUUUGCAUGUAAAUGGCUUUUAGGAUUUGGUCCUUACAUGUAAAACAAACUCAACUGCAAGGAGUGCUCAACAUGGCUCAUCACAAGUAAUUGAUGAAACAGCCACAGUCUGAUCAAUGCCAUUUAAUGAAGCUGAGCUGUCGGCAGAUUGUCAGCGGUUGUGUUGCUCUUCGUUGGACGUGGAUGGGGCUUUGUUAAGCAUCGUUUUGAUUUAAUUUUUGAUAUGCUUGCCAUGUGUAUGAUUUUAUUUUACUGAUACAUCAAAAAUGCAGAAAUACACUGAGAAGAUUGUUUUAGACGUUUUCUUUUAUAUGAAAUAUCAAAUGGACCUUAUUUAUUAUUUAGUUAUAUGUGCCGUGUCCUAUUUCCUUCCUUUUGCUUUGUAGACAUCUGUCACUGGUUUAGUCUUAUUUAUUCACAUCUGUACUUGAAAUAAUACUAGGAAAUUGUCAAAAAAAAUGUGAGACAGGUCUUUGUGGUGUUAUUUUUUUUUUUUUUAAAAAAAGGAUCAUGGCAUGUGUUGUAUUUUUUUAGAGCUAGCAGCCAUGGAGAAAUGGAGAAACAUUUUUGUAUGUUUCACAAGAAGGGUUACAAUUAGUAACAGAAAUUUCACCACAUAAGUCGGUCAUGUCAUGUUUCCUGGAUUUAAUUUCAAAAAGAAACCCUAUUUGUGUUUUGUGAUUGCCAUAUGUGACAGUUUCAUGUGUUUGCUGUGCAUGAGGUCUUUUGUGUGCAAAUUUUAAACCUCUUGGCAGAAUUGUGUGAACAUCACAUGUAAGUUGCCAGUUGAGGCUUAAAAUUGUGAUUGAUGUGGUGAUCCUAGUUGGUUGUAUAUUGUUCUGUUCACACCAUUUUCUGCAUUUUGUUCCUCAAAACCGUUGCUAUACUUUCAUCACCAGUGUGUAAAUAUUGAUCGUUUAUACAUAAA